AUGGCGAGGCGAUUUGAUUACCAUCACCAGCAGCAGCACCAGCAGGCCGGCCGGCGGACUCUGGCGGCAUUCUGUUUCGCCUUCGUCCUUUUCCUGCUCGUCGCCGCUUACCUCUUCAGUGGCUUCAAGCCGGGACCGAUUCCCACAUCGUCCGUGGAUGAGGAUCAGGAUCGGGCAGGAGACGGCCUUGGAGGUCCCAACACGUCAGAUGCGCUGGGAGAUGAGCCGCAGGAGCACGAGAUCCGGGAUUCUAGCAAGCUCAGCCUGAAUUUGCCUCCAGUGAAGGGCGCCGGGGAGCCGGCAGACUCCGACAUGGAACCCCCCCGGAGGGCCGUGGACGAGGAGGAAGGCGGCGAGUCAGCCGCACAAGAGGGCCUGCGGGGGGCGGGCGGGGGGAAUGCGCGCGCGAAGUCGGAAAGAGAGAGAGACGCGCAGGACGCUGCUGCGCAGGAGGGGGAUUCGGACGGCGGAGAUGGUCAGGAGGAAGGCUUGUUGCACAGCCGCACUGGUGCCGAUGCGAAGGCGGCGGCGACGGCGGCUGACGCGGCUGCUGCUGCUGAUGCGGAUGGUGACGGCGUUGUGACUGGAGGCUCGGAAGGGGAUGGGGACGAGGAGGAGGGUGGCGCUGCAGAGAAAGUGGUUGAGAAAUACGAGGCGUGUGACCCUGAGCUAUCAGAGAUAGUGCCGUGCUUGAGCCCGGCAAUGAACAAGCAGAUGAAGCUGAAGCUGAAUACGAAGGUGAUGGAGCACUACGAGCGCCACUGCCCCUCUGACGACCUCAUGCCGCACUGCCUCGUGCCGCAGCCGCCAGGCUACAAGACGUCCAUCCCCUGGCCGCGCAGCAGGGACGAGGUGUGGCGGGCGAACGUGCCCCACACGCUGCUGGCCACAGAGAAGUCGGAUCAGCACUGGAUGGUGGUGGACGGCGAUAUUAUUCGAUUCCCGGGCGGCGGCACGCACUUCCCUGGGGGCGCAGACAAAUACAUUGAGCGCAUUGGGAAGAUGAUGGGAGACGAGAACGGCAACUUCUCGGUGGGCGGCAAGAUCCGGACGGUUCUGGACAUCGGGUGCGGGGUGGCGUCGUUCGGCGCGUACCUGCUGGAGCACUCAGUGCUGACCAUGUCGGUGGCCCCCAACGACGUGCACGAGAAUCAGAUCCAAUUCGCCUUGGAAAGAGGCUUACCUGCGUUCCUGGGGGUGAUGGGCACUCAGCGCCUGCCGUUCCCGUCCCUGGCGUUCGACCUGGCCCACUGCUCCCGCUGCCGCAUUGACUGGCUGCAGAGAGACGGCCUAUUGCUGCUGGAGCUGGAUCGAGUAAUCCGGCCCGGGGGCUACUGGGUGUGGUCCGCCCCGCCUGUGUAUCGCGAGGACGAGGAGAAUCAGAAGCUGUGGACGGACAUGCUGGCGUUCAUGGGGCGCAUGUGUUGGAAGGUGAAGGCGCAGAGCGGGCAGACCGCCAUAUUCAAGAAGCCAAAGACAAAUCUGUGCAUCAAGAAGCGGGCGGCAGACGUAGAGCCGCCCCUGUGCGAUGCCACCCGGGUGUCGCCAAAUUCGGCCUGGUACACGCCGAUGGAUGCAUGCGUCAACACGGUGCCCAAAGGCAAGAAGAACAAGCUCAUCCAGCCGUGGCCAGAACGCCUGGUGUCUCCGUCGCCCCGCAUUGACUUGCUAGGGCUGGCAAAAUCCGACUUUGAGGCCGACACAGAAGCGUGGGAGAAGAUAGUAGCAGACUACGACUCUCUGCUGGGCGGGCAGGCGCUCCUGCGUCCUCUAGACAAAGCAGCGUCCAAGAGCAAGGCUUCCAAGGCGGCCUUCCCCGUGCGCAACGUGAUUGACAUCAAUGCUCACAUGGGCGGGUUUGCAGCGGCGCUGGCGGCGCAGGGGCAGGAGGUGUGGGUGAUGAACACAGUGCCCCCGCAGGGGGAAGCCAGUGGUGCUGGACUGGCAAUGGUGUAUGACCGAGGGCUCAUCGGGGUGUUCCAUGACUGGUGUGAGCCCUUCUCGACAUAUCCCCGGACUUAUGACCUUGUCCAUGCGUGGAGGGCGGUGUCUCAAGUCCUCAAGCGCAAAUGCUCCUUGGAGGCCUUGCUACUUGAGCUCGACCGAAUCCUCCGUCCCAAGGGUGUUCUGCUCUUCCGAGACAGUGCCGAUGUUAUUGCACGUCUGGAGAAGCGGUUGAAGGCGGUGAAGUGGAUUGUACUGAAGGGGCCUGUAUCGAGGACGUUUAUUGAUGGUGAGGAGGAGCAGGUGCUCGUUGUGCAGAAGAGGUUUUGGCGGAUGAAGGAGAAGGCUGGUUUGAAGGAAAGUGCGGAGGCAGCUGCAUCGUCAGAUGGGGAUGCUGAGGAGCGUCGGCGGUUGUGA